AUGCACAGGAGCUACUUCCGCGUCUGGCGAUGCAGUGCGCUGGCGCAGCUGUGCAGCCCUUCCCUCUAUGCUCUCCGGCAGGGCAGCCGGGCUGCCUACACCCGAUUCUCUAGCCUUCUCAGAUCCGAUUUCAACCUUAGACAGCACCGUAGCCCUGACGGGGCAGAUCGUGAACCGCAACGCCAGCUCCAGUCGAAGCUGUCCAGGAGUGCUAACGUCCCAGUAUAUGCGUGUGACAGAGAAGAGCGACUAGCCCAGCAGGCUCCCCUGUCACCAGUGGCCUCAUACCACGACGACAGCAUCACAAGUGUCGUGCAUGAAAACGCUCUAGGGAUUUCUGAUGGGGAGACGGCAAGCGCCGCACUCUCGCGGGUGGCGUCUUCGUCGUCUCUGCGUACACGGCACAUUCGAAGACAAUCACAAGAGAAAGGCCCUGUCGUGUCUUCUGCAACGCUGUUGCGCUCCUUGGAGAAGCGUAACUCGCCGUACGUCUCCACAUUGCGCAAGCGUGUUAUGCCGAGGCACACCGGCACGCACGGUGCCAUCGAAGAUCCGAACUCGGCUCAUCAGUCAGACGAUCAGCGCCGUGCAGCAACUGACCUCCGCGCUGAAGAAACGCGCAGCAUUGAACGCGACGGCUACGACCCUGCACUGGUCGUGCAUGUCGACUCGCGCCGCCGGCAGGUGCGGCUGAAUGACGUCCAGCGCGAGCUCAUCUGGAAGGCGCGGCAGAAGCAGUACCACGACAUGCUCCAGCGGAUGGUUGCCUGCCUCCAGUCCCACCGCAGCCCCGUCGAGAAGUGUCAAACUAUCUACAGCCUUCACGACGAAGUGAUUGAAAAGCAUCUGCGGCUGCGCGCCGACACCUACGAGGACAUCUUCCACACGCUAUACAGCGUCGGUGUGAGGCGAGGCGGUGGAGCAGGACAGCCCGGCAAGGCGUCUCUGGGCUCCAGUGCACAGCUUGUCAGCGGCGGUGCCGGGUGGGAGAACUGGUGCGGGCAGGAAGGCUCGCUUGGGGGCAGUGGCGGGAUACUGCCUGCCGAGCUUACCACGCCCUCGGCAGCCUCCAGCACCGUCCUGAGUCCCCACGGCAUGGAGAAAGUAUGGGAGAUGUACCGCUAUCUCGUGGAUAGCGGCACUGACCCGACACCACGCAUUCUCCAGUACACGAUGGGCCUGCUCGAGCAUGCCUCCGUCUCCCUCGCGGCGGCGCGGUCGCACACCACCGCGGACGCUAGUGGCACUCCUACUACGCACGGACGUUAUCGCGCGCGGUGCUCCGGCCUUAUACUGCUCGAAGCCAAGGCUCACUCUCUCAUGAUGGAUGCGGAUCGUUUUCACCUGACCCCGACGGAGUACACCGUGAAUUCAUACAUCGCCAUCUGCGAAGCGUGCGACGUGAUGCACCUCGCCGUGGCCCGCGUAACAGACUACCAGACAAGGCAAGAGCGGCAAGCAUCACCUGGCAUGUAUGCUCGUCUCCUCACAGGGCUUGUGCGCUGUGGCCACUACACGGACGCAAUGGCGGUAGUGACUACCAUGCAAAACGUUGCGAUGACUACCUACCUCGUUAACGCUGUCCUCCAGGCAGCACGGCACUCCCGCGACCCCGCAAGCGUCUUUGCCUUUUACCGCUCUCUCUUCUUCGCUCCGUCGAAUCCUCUGCGCGUCAGUGGCGACGGCGACCACGAGCGGGGCGGCGGCGCUGGCAAGGCACCGCGUCCCUGGUGCAUUAAUGCCACUUCUCGAUCUGCCACCGGCUUGGUGCCCUCCCUUGUCACUUUCUCUAUCAUGGCAGAGGUGAUGCUGCAGACGCAGGACUACACUGAACUCACGUUUGUGAUUGCCGAGAUGCAGUACUACGGUGUCAAGGGCAAUGGACUCCUCCUGAACAAGCUCUUGAAGAUGAUGCACCGGGCGGGGCGUCCACGAUCGGAGGUGCGUGCUCUCCAAAGUGCCAUGGACGCGAAGCAGGUGCGUGUCUUCGACGAAAACAGAAGAGGUGGGCACGUACCCUCUCUGGAAUGA